GAUCCAACUCCUCCCACUAUAUAUUCUUCGCCCCCACGCGCCUGACCACAACCAGUACCAGCAUUUUGAUGAAAGUGGUCCAUUGUUUGCUCUCAUCAGUAUGCACAGAACAGUGUUGCGACAUGAGCAGGUUGUCAUUCAGAGAUGCCAGAGCUGUUGCUGUAAUUAUCAUUGCCCGUUCUGCGGACCAAAAGUUUUCAAACCCACCACAGAACUUCACGUGGUAAAGAAUCAGGUCUCCAACCACUUAUCGUUGGCAGUACAGCAUCAAGAAUUCCUUAUUGUCAAGUGCAACUUGCAGUGCAGAGUACAGGCACAUUUUCACUGUUGCUACUGUUCAAAAACAGUCAUAAGGAAAGUCCAGAUUAUAAAACAUCUACAAGUAUGUUCAAAAAGACAAGUUCCACCCACAGAAACUGUUGAGACAGCUGCAUUCAUUGAACCAGUUGCCAGCAGUGAACCAAUUAUUCCAAGUGAACCGAUUAUUUCAAAUGAAGAAGUUUCCUUUAAAGAACCAGCUGUGGCUGAAGGUGUCUCCUUGCCUGUAAAAUCCCUGGCUGUUCUCAAAAAUGUUCGUAUCCAGAAAAAAGUGCAGUGCGUUCACUGUGGAGUGACCAUCAACAAGUAAAAUCUUGAUGUUCAUGUUAAAAGAAAACACACUAAAAAGAUCUGUGAUGUUACAGAAAAUCGUCACCUACCUUCACAGUGCAUAGACCCAGUUAAUGGUAUAUAUGCAGUUGAAAAGUCAUUUUACAGACCAUGUUCUGUAAUCCAUGUCCAGAAAAAAACCUCAUGUCAACAUCCAGUUGUAAAAUGUGAAACCGAUGAAUGCAGUACCAAUGCAGAAUUAGCCAGACGAAGUGGCUUUCAGCACUUUGAGUGUAUGCAUAUGAAGUCGUUGCAGUUCUGUCCAUGGCCUAACAGGACACCUGUUGUCCUUGAGGAAGAUGUCCUGUUAGACAUGAUAUCUGCAAAUGUGUUUGGGGAACCGACAAAAACAUCAUGCAUGGUCGCCAAGGCAGCAGCAAGUGCAGCUGGUGUUCCACUGUCUGUUGAGGUGACUAUUGGAGGUCCAUCUACAAAAAAAUACAUUUCUGUGUAUGAAAACAAAGUCUCGUACUACAGUAGACUUGGUAGAGUCAUUGCUUCCUAUGACAGCAAUCGCAACACGUGGCAUUGUCCCUGUGCAAAGCCAAGAAGAUCUUGUUUGCACAAAAACAUAGCUAGGUGGCAUCUCUUCCAGGUACAAAGGCAGUUGUUUACAUCAUCACCCAUUGCCAGACCUGCUCAGGGCCUAGUACAAGAACAUGCCUUUCAGGAAAGUACCAGAUUGGAAUAUCCCCCCAGUGGUGAAGGUCUCAAACAAAUGGUGUAUUACUUGAUGAAAAACAAAACACUGCCAGCCGAACUCCCCCAGAAGUACAUCACAGGCUCAAUGACAAUCAAAGACAUUCCCAAACACCUUGUGCCAAAGGAGACUGUUUGCUCAGAAUGUACAGGCAAUGUGGUCCUAAGUGAGCCAGUGUUGAUUACUUCCAAAGGAAAGUGUAUAACGUACACUGGCAUUGUUGAGGGAUUUUCUACCUACUAUCGCAUGUGCAGCAACUGUGGUCUAAAAUACCGCUAUCAAGAGUGGACUGAUGGUCUUCACAAUUUUGAUGACCAUUUGCUGAUGUCAUUACACAUGUGUGUUGUCCUGCGCCAUUCACUCCAGACUCAUCAUGCCAUUAGCAGAGCUGUUGAGGUUUUGGAGACCACAGCACAACAGAAAUUUCCACGAAAAGAAAAAAUCCUUCAUGCAUAUAUGCAUUUCGAAGCACUAACAGACCAUGACUAUGCAUACUCCUGUGUUAAGUGCGGCUACCAUCCCGCGGUUGUUGUGAUGGAUCUUCACAAAAAGGCGGCAUUUAAUAUGCCUGUGAGUGAGAUUCCUCCUCCACCACCUGAAUAUGACGGUCAGGUCAAUUUGAAAGACUUUUGGACAUCUGUGACUGCCGAAGUAGUUUGCCGCGGCCUAUUGGGCAGUGCCCUUCAAAAUCCUUUUUUGGUGUCACCAUCAUACCACUACUGGGCUUCCUGGAUUGGUCCCAACACCAGAAGAGAAGAUAUUGUUUUAAAUACUGAGUAUGCCAAGAUGCACGCCCCACGACCAGCUACUGAAGAUGCCGAACUUCAAAUUACAGAAGAGAGGCUAGAAGAAGUGCUUACUGAUCUAAAGGUGGAUGUGGUGCGGCGCCUUUGCAAGCAAUGUGGUCUGGACCCAUCAGGUUCCAAAAUGGAUCUUGUUCUGAGACUUAGACAGGAGAUGAGAAACAGGUCAUCUUAUGACAAGGUUUUCCAGAAGGUUUGGGGGGCUUCCGGGGGUUGGGCAGUCAUCACAUGCCCCUGUGGAGUUGUGUAUUCCCUGAAGUUUCUCCUUCGGGCAGAGUCUCCGCGGGACUACGCAGAUUGUCUUUUGUCUUUUAAACAUUUCCCAAAUGUCAAUAUCUAUGACUUUGCAAGGGGCUUAGCCACACACACUAACCUUAGGGAGCCAGAAUGUAUCCCUUUCAGACCUUAUGAGGGACGACUAAAAGAGCCUACUCCAGAAAAUAUCAAACUAGCUGUUGACGGUCAACUGAAAGUAAACCUCCUUUGGUUGUAGGAAAAGAAGGACAAUGUCGAUCCAGAUUGUCACCCUGUUACAGGUUCAGCUGAACAUUAUGCGCUUUACAAUCUGUUUCAUGAAAAUAACACAAAAGAUGCCCGAGAUGCACUGCGUAAAAUUCAGAUAGUCCCAGUUGGCAGGCUGGGUGAACAGUCAACGUGCUGAACAGCUUUUUUCUGACAUGAGAAAAAACAAUUACUUCAACACACUCACUCCAUCUGGACACAUUUUCAUGAUGCGAAAUAUACUACAGCAUUACAACACAAAACAAAAUAAGAAGAUAGAAGAUGGCAUCAGAAAGAUUGUACCACAAAAUGCCCAGUUGCAUUUAGAUGUACAUGGCCAAAUAAUAAUGGGUAACUCGAUUGUUUAUACAUUUUUAUUCCUGUCAUGACUUUUUCUGUUGGUUAUAGUACAAUUUUUGUUUUGUUUUUUGGU